AUGGCCCUGCUCCUGUGGCUCUGCAGCCUGCUGGGCUCGGCCUGUUUGGUGUCUGCCAACAUCUUUGAGUACCAGGUGGACGCCCAGCCGCUCCGCCCAUGCGAGCAGCAGAGGGAAAGCGCCUUUGCGGCUGGAGCUGAAUAUGUUCCGCAGUGCUCUGAGGACGGCAGCUUCAGGCCCAUCCAGUGCCGGAACGAUGGCCAAUCCUGCUGGUGUGUGGAUGCUGAGGGCACAGAAGUGCCAGGCAGCAGGCAGCCAAGGAGGCCGGUGGCUUGCCUGUCCUUCUGUCAGCUGCAGAGGCAGCAGAUCCUGCUGAGCGGAUACCUUAACAGCACGGCCACAGCCUACCUCCCUCAGUGCCUGUCUUCCGGGGACUAUGCACCUGUCCAGUGUGACGUGUGGCAGGCACAGUGCUGGUGUGUGGACGCAGAGGGCAUGGAGGUGUACGGGACGCGCCAGCUGGGCCAGCCCACGCGAUGUCCAAGGAACUGUGAAAUAAGAAGCCGCCGUCUGCUCCAUGGGGUGGGGGACAAGACACCCCCACAGUGUUCAGCAGACGGCGAGUUCCUGCCUGUCCAGUGCAAGUUCGUCAACACCACGGACCUGAUGAUUUUUGAUCUGGUCCACAGCUACAACAGGUUCCCAGAGGCCUUUGUGACCUUCAGUUCCUUGAGGAACAGGUUCCCCGAGGUGUCUGGGUAUUGUUACUGUGCUGACAGCCAAGGGCGCGAACUUGCUGAAACAGGUUUGGAGUUGUUACUGGAUGAAAUUUAUGACACUAUUUUUGCUGGCCUGAACCCUGCUUCCACCUUCACCGAAACCACCCUGUACCGGAUCCUGCAGAGGCGCUUCUUGGCUGUGCGGUUUAUGGUCUCUGGCAGGUUCCGAUGUCCUUCAAGAUGUGAAGUGGAGCGGUUUACAGCAGCCAACUUUGGGCAUUCCUACAUUCCCAGCUGUCGCCAAAAUGGGGACUACCAGGAAGUACAGUGCGAGACUGAAGGGCCUUGCUGGUGUGUGGACACCCAGGGGAAGGAGCGCCUGGGCACUCGGCGCCAAGGGGAGCCGCCAUAUUGUGCUGACAACCUGUCUUGUGCCUCCGAAAGGCAGCAGGCCUUGUCUAGACUCUACUUUGGGACACCAGGCUACUUCACCCAGCGCAACUUGUACUCCACACUGGAGGAAAGACAGGAUCCUCUGGGAGUGGCCAACUUUGGCACAGCCUGCUCACCCACGAUCAAGGGGCUGUUUGUGGACUCUGGGCUGCUCCGCCCCUUAGUGGAAGGGCAGGGGCCAGCGUUCGCCACCACAGUGACUCUCCUCAAAGAUGCCAUCAGAGCCAUUUUUCCCUCCCGAGCGCUGGCUCGCCUUGCCCUUCAGUUUACCACCAAUCCAAAGCGACUGCAGCAAAACCUCUUUGGAGGGAAGUUUUUGGUGAAUCUUGGCCAGUUUAACAUGUCUGGAGCUCUUGGCACCAGAGGCACUUUCAACUUCAAUCAGUUUUUCCAGCAACUUGGCCUCCCAGGCUUCCAAAAUGGAGGGACUACCUUCGACUCCCGUCCCACCACAGGACCUCCCAUCACCUUUCAACAGGGUGUUGCUAUGAAUAAGCCUAUUGUGGGCAGCUUUGGCUUGGAAGUCAACCUGGAAGAGAACCAAUAUGCCCUGAGCUUCCUUUCUUCUCUCCUGGAGCUUCCCGAGUUCCUUAUCUUCUUGCAGCAUGCUAUUUCAGUGCCAGAAGACAUAGCUGUGGAUUUAGGAGAUGUGAUGGAAAUGGUACUCAGCAACCAAACCUGCAAGGAGACACCUGGGAGGCUUUUUGUCCCAUCGUGUACAACAGAAGGAAGCUAUGAGGAUGUCCAGUGCUUUUCUGGAGAGUGCUGGUGUGUAGACUCCUGGGGCAAAGAACUUCCUGGCUCCAGAGUGACAGGUGGGCAGCCAAGGUGCCCCACAGAGUGUGAAAAGCAAAGGGCUCAAAUGCAAAGCCUCAUGAGCAGUCAGCCUGCUGGGUCCAGCCUGCCCAUCCCUUCUUGUACCAGUGAGGGGCAUUUCCUACCUGUCCAGUGCUUCAACUCAGAGUGCUAUUGUGUUGAUGCCAAGGGUCAGGCUAUUCCUGGAACUCAGAGUGUCAUGGGCGGCCUCAAGCAAUGCCCCACCUCUUGUCAGUCACAGGCUGGGCUAGCUUUCCUUGGGAUGAUGCAGGGCCUACUCUCCAACUCCAGCACAUCAACCACCCACUCCAGCACCUAUGUCCCUCAGUGCCGCACCGAUGGGCAGUGGAGCCAAGUGCAGUGUGAUGGACUGCCUGAGCAGGUCUUCAAGUGGCAUGAACAAUGGCAAGCUCAAAACAGUGAAGGCCAGGAGCUGACUCCUGCUGAGCUGUUAAUAAAGAUCACCAACUACAGAAAAGCAGUUUCUGGAAACUUCAGUCUCUUCCUCCAGCGUCUGUUUGAGGCUGGCCAGCAAGGCAUUUUCCCGGUGCUGGCUCAGUACCCUUCUGUCCAAGAUGUCCCCUUGGCAUCACUGGAAAGGAAGUUGGCUCAGCCUGGGGAGAACAUCCUUCUGCAGCCCUACCUCUUCUGGCAGAUGCUAAGUGGUCAACUCAGCCGGUACCCAGGGCCUUACUCAGACUUCAGUGUGCCCUUGGCGCACUUGGACCUUCGCAGCUGCUGGUGUGUGGAUGAGAAUGGUCAAGAACUGCAAGGAACACGGGCUGUGCCGAGCAAGGUCCCAGCAUGUCCUGGCUCCUGUGAGGAAGUGAAGCUUCGUGUCCUGGAAUUCAUUAAGGAAGCAGAAGAGCUUGUCUCGGCUUCCAACAGCUCUUGGUUCCCCCUGGGUGAGAGCUUUCUGGUGGCCAAGGGGAUCCAACUGACCAGUGAGGAGCUUGGCCUGUCCCGGGUCUACCCAUCUCGCAAGGCUCUCUCUGAGAACUUCCUGCGUGGGGGCGAUGAUGCCAUCCGCUUGGCAGCUCAGUCCACCUUUGCCUUCUAUCAGAGACGCCGCUCUUCCCUGGGGGAUUUGGCCAGCAUGCCCUCCCUCCUACAGCCGGGCCCCUACGUUCCCCAGUGUAAUGCAUUUGGAAGCUGGGAGCCUGUGCAGUGCCAUGCUGCGACUGGUCACUGCUGGUGUGUGGAUGGGAGAGGAGAGACCAUCCCAGCCUCAUUGACUAUCCAUUCCAUGCAAGCCCUUCAGUGCCCCACGACCUGUGAGAGAUUGCGGGCCAACGGGCUGCUCUCCAGCUGGAAACAGGCUGCAUCCCGAGUGAAUCCCUCUCCGGAGGACCUGUUCACCCCGACCUGCCUGGCGACAGGGGAAUAUGCCAGUCUGCAGACGUCAGAGGCUGGCCCUUGGUGUGUGGACCCGAAGACGGGAGAGGGAAUGCCGCCCAAUGCAAGCAACAGGUCCCACUGUCUCAGCCUCUGCGAAGCCCUCAAGAGCAAAGUCCUCUUCAGGAGAGUUGGCCCAGGCUACAUCCCAGCGUGCCAGGAACAGGACGGGAGCUUUGCCCCAGUGCAGUGCGAAUCAGCCCAGGGCAGCUGUUGGUGUGUCCUGGGCAGUGGAGAGGAGGUGCCUGGGACCCGUGUGUCCGGCAGUCAGCCUGCCUGUGAGAGCCCUCAGUGCCCACUGCCGUUCAACAUGUCAGAAGUGCCUGGUGGAGUGAUCCUGUGUGGCCCAGCCUUGGGUUCCCCAGGGGCCACUGUCCAGCAGUGCCGGCUGCUGUGCCGCCGGGGCUACCAGAAUGUAUUCCUGCCUCAGCCACUGGUGUGCAGCCUGGAGAGCAGACGCUGGGUGUCACCGCCACCGCAGCCACGGGCCUGCCAGCGGCCCCAGCUGUGGCAGAGCCUCCAGGCCCAGGGACACAUCCAGCUCCAGCUCCCGCCAGGCAAGAUGUGCAGUGUCGAUUAUGCAGGCUUGCUGCAGGCUUUCCAAGUCUUCAUAUUGGAUGAGCUCACAGCCCGUGGCUUCUGCCAGAUCCAGGUGAAGACCUUGGGAACCCCACUCUCCAUCCCUGCCUGCGACAACUCUUCAGUGCAGGUGUGGUGUCUUACUGGGGAGCGUUUGGGAGUCAACAUCACAUGGAAAUCUCGGCUUGAGGAUGUACCAGCAGCCUCAUUUUCUGAUUUGCAUGACAUUGAAAAGGCCUUGGUGGGUAAGGAUCUCCUUGGGCACUUCGCAGAGCUGGUACAAAGUGGCACCUUCCAGCUUCAUCUGGAUGCCAAGACAUUCCAGGCAGACACCUCCAUCCGCUUCCUCCAAGGGGACCACUUUGGCACCUCUCCCUGGCCAUGGUUUGGGUGCACAGAAGGAUUCCACCGAAUCUUACCUGCCAGUGAAGCUGCUCAAGACUCACUGGGGUGUGUUAAGUGUCCCGAAGGAAGCUAUGCCCAGGAUGAACAGUGUAUUCCCUGCCCUAUUGGAUUCUACCAGGAACAGGCAGGCAGCUUGGCCUGUAUCCCUUGUCCUACGGGCAGAACAACCACUUCGCCUGGGGCCUUCAGCCAGACUCACUGUGCCACUGACUGCCAACAGAAUGAGGCCGGCUUGCAGUGUGACCAGGAUGGCCAAUAUCGGGCCAGCCAGAGCGAUGGCAGCAGUGGGAAGGCUUUCUGCGUGGACAGCCAAGGACGAAGGCUGCUGUGGUCAGAAACAAACGACCCUCUUGAGGAGUCCCAGUGUCUAAUUAUGCUGAAAUUUGAGAAAGCUCCGGCAUGGAAGGUGGUCUCCAGUGCUGAGGCCCCAGUGGCAGUCAGCUCCAAAGUUGCUGGCUCUGAAUUCUCAUUGGUGCAGUGCUUGGCAGACUGUGCAGAGGAUGAGGCCUGCAGCUUUGUGGCAGUGUCCACAGCAGGGUCGGAGGUUUCGUGUGAGUUCCACACUUGGACAAGUGACAGCUACGCCUGUGUGACUUCUGGUCAGGAACAAGACGCAUUGGGGAACGUGAAGGCCGCCAGCUUUGCAAGCCUUAGGUGCCAAGUGCAAGUGAGGAACCGCAGUUCAGAUUCUCUGGCUGUGUAUUUGAAGAAGGGCCAAGAAUUCACCACAAUGAGUCAGAAAAGCUUUGAACCAACUGGUUUCCAAAACCUGCUCUCCGGUUUGUAUAACCCCGUGGUAUUUCCAGCCUCUGGAGCCAACCUGACCGACGCCCACCUCUUCUGUUUGCUUGCUUGUGACCGCGAUUCCUGUUGUGAUGGCUUCAUUCUCACUCAGGUGCAAGGAGGUCCCAUCAUCUGCGGGUUGCUGAACUCCCCUGAUGUCCUGCUCUGCAAUGUCAAAGAUUGGAGAGACAGCUCUGAAGCCCAGGUCAAUACCACGUGUCCAGGUGUGAUAGAUGGCCGUGGGCGCCACGAGCUGACACUGCGGUUGGGAGACCAGGAGUUCAGCAUGAGUCUGACAGCCCUGGAAGGAGCUCAAGACACCAUCAUCCAUUUUCAGCAGAUUUAUCUCUGGAAAGAUUCUGACAUGGGGUCUCGGCCUGAGUCUCUGGCGUGUAAAGGAGACAUGGAACGAAGGCUAGCAUCUCCAACAGAAACAGGUUUGACAGGAGAACUUUUCUCGCCUGUGGACGUUAACCAAGUUGUUGUCAAUGGAAGCCGAGUCCUGCCCAGUCAAAAGCACUGGCUUUUCAAACACCUAUUUUCAGCUCAGGAGGCAAACCAGUGGUGUCUUUCUCGUUGUGUCCAGGAACCCUUUUUCUGUCGGCUUGUGGAUAUAACAGAGAGCGAGCCCUUGUACUAUACCUGCACCCUCUACCCAGAAGCCCAGGAGUGUGAUGACAUCAUAGAAUCCAACAGCUGGGGCUGCAGGCUUGUUCUGCCCCACAGGCCCAAGGCCUUGUUCCGGAAGAAAGUUACACUGGCAAAUAAAGUGAAAAACUUCUACAUGCGCCUGCCAUUCCAAAAAGUGUCGGGGAUUUCCAUUAGAAGCAAAGUGCCCAUGUCUGAGAAAUCUGUUUCCAAUGGGUUCUUUGAAUGUGAGCGACUCUGUGACACAGACCCAUGCUGCACCGGCUUUGGCUUUCUGAAUGUUUCCCAGUUAAAAGGAGGGGAGGUGACAUGCUUAAUUCUGAACAGCCUUGGUCUUCAAACAUGCAGUGAGGAAAAUGGAGGGGCCUGGCAUAUUUGGGACUGUGGCUCUCCAGACACAGAAGUCCGCACCUACCCCUUCGGCUGGUACCAGAAGCCCAUUGCUCAAAAUGAUGCCCCCAGUUUUUGCCCUCCAGUCACUCUGCCAUCCCGCCCAGCGAAGGUCCCUCUGGAUUCGUGGCAGACCUUGACCCUGUCGUCAGUAGUUGUUGAUCCAACCAUCAGGAAGUUUGAUGUCGCCCACAUCAGCACGGCUGCCAUCAGCAACUUCUCUGCUGCUCAAGACCUGUGCUUGCUGGAAUGCUCCAGUCACCAGGACUGCCUUGUCACCACUCUUCAGACCCGACCUGGAGCUGUGAGGUGCAUGUUCUAUGCUGAUACCCAGAUCUGUACCCAUAGCCUACAGGGCCAAACCUGUCAGCUUCUGCUCCGUGAAGAGGCCACCCACAUCUACAGGAAGCCAGGCACCCCCCGGCUCCGCUCUAAGACAUCUACACCUUCUGUACCCAUUGCCGCCCACGGCUGGUUGCUGGGAAGGUCCCUGGCCAUCCAAUUGGGCACAUCGUGGAAGCAAGUGGAUCAGUUCCUUGGAGUUCCCUAUGCUGCCCCACCCCUGGAAGAGGGCCGCUUCCGGGCACCAGAGCCCUUGAACUGGACAGGCUCCUGGGAUGCCACCAAGCCAAGGGCCAGCUGCUGGCAGCCGGGCACCCGGACACCUGCGCCUCCAGGAGUCAGUGAAGAUUGCUUGUACCUCAAUGUCUUCGUUCCUGAGAAUGUGGGACCCAAUGCAGCCGUCCUUGUCUUCUUUCACAACACCAUGGAGGGAGAAGGGCAGCCAGCGAUCGAUGGCUCCUUCCUUGCUGCCGUCGGCAACUUUAUCGUGGUCACUGCUGGCUACCGCGUGGGCGUCUUUGGCUUCUUGAGUUCUGGGUCUGGUGAAGUGACGGGCAACUGGGGACUGCUGGACCAGGUUGCAGCCCUGACAUGGGUGCAGACUCACAUCAGUGCAUUUGGCGGGGACCCUCAGCGCGUAUCCCUGGCAGCAGACCGUGGCGGGGCUGAGGUGGCCAGCAUCCAUCUCUUCACAACUGGGAUCACAAACUCCAGACUCUUCCAGAGGGCUCUGCUCAUGGGCGGCUCUGCACUCUCCCCAGCUGCAGUCAUCAGCCCCGAGAGGGCUCAGCUGCAGACAGCUGCUUUGGCAAAGGAGGUUGGCUGUUCCAGCUCAUCCAGCCAAGAUGUGGUGUCCUGCCUCCGCCAGAAGCCUGCUAACAUCCUCAAUGAUGCCCAAACCAAGCUCCUGGCUGUGAGUGGCCCUUUCCACUACUGGGGUCCCAUGGUCGACGGCCGCUACCUGCGUGAGACUCCAGCCAGAGCGCGGCAGAGGCUGCCAUGGACCAAGGUGGAUCUGCUCAUCGGGAGCUCGCAGGACGAUGGGCUCAUCAACAGAGCCAAGGCCGUGAAGAAAUUUGAGGAAAGUCAAGGGCGGAGCAACAGCAAAACAGCCUUCUACCAGGCGUUGCAGAACUCACUGGGUGGCGAGGACUCGGACGCGCGUGUGCUGGCCGCUGCCACGUGGUACUACUCGUUGGAGCACUCAGCGGAUGACUACGCCUCCUUCUCUCGGGCGCUGGAAAACGCCACGCGGGACUACUUCAUUAUCUGCCCCGUGAUCGACCUGGCCAGCUUGUGGGCCCGGAGGGCCCGAGGAAAUGUCUUCAUGUACCACGCUCCUGAGAACUACGACCACGGCAGCCUGAACGUGCUGACAGACGUGCAACUCGCCUUUGGUCUGCCCUUCUACCCGGCCCUCGAGGGCCAAUUCACCCUGGAGGAGAAAGGCCUGUCUCUGAAGAUCAUGCAGUAUUUUUCCAACUUCGUCCGAUCUGGGAACCCCAACUACCCUCACACAUUCUCCAGGAAAGCACCAGCCUUUGCAUCCCCAUGGCCUGACUUUGUCCCUCGAGCUGGAGGCGAGACCUACAAGGAGUUCAGUAUCGCACUGCCCAGUCGCCAGGGCCUGAAGCAAGCUGAUUGCUCUUUCUGGUCCAAGUACAUCCGGUCCCUGAUGGUGUCAGCAGCUGGAGUCAAGGAUGGCCAGUCAGCAGAGGCUGACAAAGAGGAGGAGUUGAUAACGGCUGGAUCCGGGUUGAAGGGAGAGCUCCAAGAGGAACCAGGUUCCAAGAGCUACAGCAAGUGACCAGCCCUGUGGUCCCCACUCACCUUGCCAAGU